AUAGUUUUGAACACAAAUCACGUAGGGAGAUUAAAAAGGGCCAAACUGAAAAUCUAUCGGUUAUUUUCUGACAGGUUUUAGAUGUAUGGAGCUGCAGGGCUGGACAGACUCGAUUCAGUGGACAGUUGUGGCAGGGCUCUGUGACCCAGCCUCCCUCUCAUGUUACGGCCCUAUUUAUAACAUCUCCCACCCCUCCUUCAGUCCCAGCCCAUUGCCCAAAAGCCUGGCCACUGUUAGGAAGCACCUUUCCCUCUCAGCUGGGCCACAGUCUGCGCUAGACUGUCAACUGAGAUUCAGCUCUCCUUCUCAUCAUCAUCAUCAUCAUCAUCAUCAGCUUCUGCUGUUUAGCCGCGCUGCCUCGCAGCUUGCAUGGGAUUAUCACACACACACACAUUUACAGACACACUUUUUUCUUUUUCCUUAAUUUUUGUCGUAUUUUUUUUUAAGGAGAUACUGUUUUAAGUGAGAAGUAACGGAGCGUUUUGUGUUUCUGCUGUUUUUUUUUUAGUCUUUGGGAAGUUUUCUUGUUGUGGUUUUUAUUCCACUAGCGGCUGGUUUCAUGCAUGCGAUGGAUCACACGCUGUUCGGCUGUUUGCGCAGUCCUCACGUCCCUCCGCAGGCCCUGCACCCCGCCUUUGCCCUUCACGGACGCUCCGAGAACCUCUCCUCGUACCCCAACCUCUCCACCUCCUCUCCUUCUUCUACCUGCAUCGUGAGCGGUUACCCAGGUGAGGAUGGGGGUCUGUUUGGGGGACACGGGCAUCAGCGAGGGCCGCCCAUGUCCCAGCAGCAUCAUCAUCAUGUACCCCAGCCGCAGCAGACCGGAUGGCACAUACCGCAGACGGCUAGCGUCUCUCCAGCAAGCGCCCGUCUAGGACUGGGGAUCUCAGCCCCUGACUCAGGCUCUUCAGAGAUGGGCCCCGGGGGACCCAGCCUCUGCGCAAGCACACCGAGCCUUGGCGGAGGGGUGCCCUCGGGUGCCUCAUGUGUUCCUGGAGGGGAUUUCGGACGUCAAACGAUGUCUCCAGCCGAGGCGGAGAAAAGGAAUAGCAAACGAAGAAGUGACAGCUCUGAGUCCCAAGAUGGGAAUUACAAAUCGGAUGUGAGCAGCAAGCCAAGGAAGGAGCGGACGGCGUUCACCAAAGAGCAGAUUCGAGAACUGGAGGCAGAAUUCGCCCAUCACAACUAUUUGACCAGACUGAGGCGGUACGAAAUCGCAGUGAACCUGGAUCUCACGGAAAGGCAGGUAAAAGUGUGGUUUCAGAACAGACGGAUGAAGUGGAAGCGAGUUAAAGGAGGUCAACAGGGGGCGGUAGCGAGAGAAAAGGAGCUUGUGAAUGUGAAGAAGGGAACGCUGCUUCCCUCUGAGUUUUCGGGAAUUCCUGGACUCCUCCAUACACCGGACUCGCUUAUCAACAAUGAGGACAGCCACGACAGCGACCAGAGCUCUGAGCACGCUCACUUAUGAUACAAACAGAUCCCUUCUGCCUUUCGUUGCUUAUCUGGGGUCAUAUUUAGUUCUGGAUUAUGCUAAGUACGGACUGAAAGUACUGUACACAAAGACUUUUUGUGCCAAUGAGGAGGCACUGCAACACUAUGCCUUACAGAGUAGUGACAGUGCUCACUAAACAUGUACAAAUGUACAAAGGACUGGUGUAUUACUGUGCAUUCAGAUGAUACAGAAUAUGUGUGAUACUUUGGCAUCAAUAUUCACGAAGAAAAAGUGCCCUGCUAGUUUGACAGAAAUGUUUACACAUUUGAAAGGUGCUGUUAGUCAUUUUAAAAUCCUGCCUGUCAGCAAAGCCGAAUAGUGUCCCAUAUUUGUGUUGCACCUUUAAAGAACCCUUCUUCUGGCAGUCGAAUCUGGCCCAAUAACAUUCCAUAAUGUUCUUGCAUUGAAAAGCUUGUCAGUUUCUGUGCCUUAAUUUUUUUUUACUGUAUGUUUUUGUACAAUGUUGAUGUCAUCGGAAUAAUGAUCAAUCAAGCAUGGUCAAAAACAUUUCAGAUAAUAUUGUGCCAUGUAAAUAUAAUUAUUGCUAUUUUAAAAAAUGUGACAGCUGUAUCAUGUGCACACAAUACCACAUGCUUCAACAAUAAACUUUUCGUAUGUCGCUUGGUA